CCUCUGCUCUUUCAUGUAGCUUCUGCUUUAAGAUCAUUCGCAAAUCCAUUUUUCAAACUCAAAGAAAAUCACAAAUGGCAACUGCUCUCAUGUCUUCUCUCCCUCAAUUCACUGGCCUCAAAGCCACCUCACCAUCACCCACCCCAAUCCAAAGCAUGGUAGCAUUACCAAUGAAGCCUAAGGGAAAGGGAAAGGGAGCUCUAGGUGUUCGUUGUGAUUUCAUUGGGUCAUCCACAAAUUUGAUCAUGGUGACAUCAACAACCUUGAUGCUGUUUGCUGGUCGAUUUGGAUUGGCACCAUCAGCAAACAGGAAGGCAACUGCGGGGCUAAAGCUUGAGGUAAGGGAUUCAGGCCUCCAAACUGGCGACCCUGCUGGCUUCACUCUUGCUGAUACUUUAGCUUGUGGGACUGUUGGUCAUAUUAUUGGUGUUGGUGUUGUUUUGGGCCUCAAGAACAUUGGUGCUAUCUAGACUCAAUCGAUCCUUGGAAACAAACUUUCAUGUUAAUAACAUUUUCGUGAUUGUUUUCUCUUUCGA